AUACACACACACACAAUGGCGGAGAGAAAGAACCAGAAGCAUUUUGUUCUAGUACAUGGUAUGUGCCACGGUGCUUGGACCUGGUUCAAGCUGAAACCGCAGCUAGAGUCAUACGGUCACAGGGUCAUAGUGCUGGACCUAUCAGGCUCUGGUGUAAACAUGAAGGCAAUCCAUGAUGUUGGUAAGUUCGAGGAAUACAGUAGACCGUUGUUGGAGUUCCUGGCAUCUCUGAACGAACAGGCCAUCCUCGUCGGACAUAGCUUAGGAGGCAUGAAUUUGGCCCUUGCCAUGGAUUUGUUCCCACAUAAGAUCUCGGCCGGCGUUUUCGUAACGGCUUUUAUGCCGGAUACUGCACACCAACCUUCGUAUGUCAUAGAAAAGUAUUUUGCGGGGGGCACAGAGGAAAGUAACUCCUCAGAUUUUGAAGCCGUGACCGUAGGCAGCCCAGAAGAACCUUUCACGAUAAGAACAAUGGGCCCAAAUUUCUUAUACCAGCUCUAUCACCUAUCCCCUGUUGAGGACCUGGAACUGGCGAAAACACUGGUGAGGCCAGGAUCAUUGUACGAACAUGAAUUGUCCAAGGCGAAGAAAUUCUCGGAACAAGGGUAUGGAUCAGUGACAAGGGUUUUUGUAGUUUGCGAGGAGGAUAAAGGGAUGCACUUGGAACACCAGCGCUGGAUGAUCAGCAACAAUCCCCCUCAAGCUGUGAUGGAGAUCUCUGGUGCCGAUCAUAUGCCAAUGUUCUCCAAAACCAAACAACUUUCUCACAUUCUCUUGGACAUUGCAAACAGAUAUGCUUAAUGUUUUUCAUACAGUAUUGCAUGUUAACAAGAUGUCAUUUUUAAUUAAUAAAAU